UGUAAAAAUGUUAAUAUUUUACACUAACAACUAAAAAUGGUAACCAAAAGCAUUAUUGCAGUUAUUAUAUUCAUUAAUUUUGGUGAAUUAAAUUUUACAAAAGCAAAUGAUAGUUUCAAAGUGGCUUAUGAGUGGACUCAUAUUAAUUUUACGUGGGAGUCACUACCUAGGCAUUCAAAAACACUAAAAGAACGUACAUUUAAGUAUAUCCCGGACAAUGUGGUUCCUGGUGGAAUUAAAAUUUAUGGGAAUCGAAUAUUUGUAACUUUACCAAAGCUGCGAGAAGGUGUCCCAGUAAGUUUAGCUUACUUUUGGAGAAACGAUUCAACCAAAACUAAUAUCCCUUUCAUUCCAUAUCCAACAUGGGAAGAUAAUAAUAAAGAAAGCUGUUGGAAUUUUCAAAACGUACAGUCAAUAGAAAUUGAUACAAAAGGCCUCAUGUGGGUACUAGAUGGGAACAGAAUGAAAGGACAUAAUAACUGUAGCUGUAAACUAUACCUUCUUGAUUUGAAGAACAAUGGAAAGAAAAAUCAUUCUUAUACUUUUCCCGAUAACAUAUGCAGCAAAGUUGGAGGUUUUCUAAACGAUAUAGUUAUAGAUGAGACAGAUGGAGGUUACGCUUACAUUACUGAAUUUUCAUUAACAGAUCCAGGUUUAAUUGUGUAUUCUAGAGAAAAAAAUAGAUCUUGGAAACUUAGAGAUAGCACAAUGUUUUUAAAUGUUGAUGCACCGAUAUAUAAAAUUGACGGAAAAAACGUUCCGCAUAUAGGAAAUAUAGAUGGAAUAGCAUUAUCUCCGAAACAAUCUAAUUCAAAUGACAAGGUUUUAUUCUAUACUACAUUGACUGGAUAUAAUCUGUACAGCAUCUCAACCAAAUUUCUAAAAAACGAAACAUUAUGCAAUUCAAAUUUAUGGAGAAAAUACAUCCAUUAUGAAGGAAAAAAACAAGGAGCAACGGAUGGUAUGAUAAUUGAUGAAAUUGGUGAUCUGUAUUACACUCUUACUUCACUAAAUGCAAUUGGAAAAUGGAAUACAAACACAGUUUUCAAUACAUCUAAAAUCAUUUAUCAAAACAACAAAUCCAUGAUAUGGCCGGAUACAUUUUCAUUUGAUAACAAAAAUGGAGAUUUGUAUGUUAUUUCUAAUCACAUUUCGUCUUAUUUAGGUGAUGACGUUCAUUUGGAUCCUGUUGACACGAAAUUUAAAAUUUGGAAACAUCAUACAGGAAGAAAGAGUUAUAUUUGUAAAGGAAAUAAUGCUAAAUAUAAUUAUUUAUGUAAUGGAUGAAAAACAAAUAACUAUUAACUAAUAAAUAUAUAUGUAUUACAA